AUGGCGACGAAAAAAGACUUUACCUCAGAAGCCGAAAAAGCUCGCAACGAAGGCCUUCGACUCAACACACAACCUUCUCCUAACCCUCCCCCUCCUCGUCCGCCUCUACCUCACCAACCCAACUCCUCCUCAGAAACAGAUUCCAACACGAGCCACAUGGACUCGGCUCAUCCUCUCCAAUCUCCCCCUCAAAUCCUCUCCCCUCCUCGGCCAAACCCUCAAAUUUCAUCCGGCCAACGAGGAAUCCCAAAUCCCCAAGGCUACCCUUCCUCCUCCACCACCUCCUCCCAUUCCUCCUCCCAACAACAACCCUCACGGGCCGCAACCCAAGCCAACGCCGCCAUCGCUUGGCUAUACGACUACGAUGGAUCCCCCGAACCUGACGACUGGCUUCAUGUUCCCGGAGUGGAAAAACCUCGUUCCUUCCUAACCACCACUUUGGGAUGCUGUAACAUUUCUUGUCGAGGUGUAAUCAACCUUCUUGCUCUUUUCUUUCUCUCUUCUUCGAUUCUGAUGCUUUUCGCUGGCUAUCCUAUUUUGCAUAGUUUUUUGUACAAGAAUGGAGAUGCGAAAGCAAAAUCCUUCUUUAACCUCGGCGGAACAAAUGGUUCAGGCCAGGUACCUCUACUACCUGGUUUGUUCUCUCUAAUCGACUCGGACACGCCUGGUUCAGCACACGAGUGGAAGAAUCCGAUAGAUGGCAGUGGAUACCAUCUCGUGUUUAGCGACGAAUUCGAACAGGACGGAAGAACUUUUUGGCCGGGAGACGAUCCUUUUUGGGAAGCCGUAGAUUUGCAUUAUUGGGUUACAGGAGAUUACGAAUGGUACAGCCCGGAAGCAGUUAACACUUCUUCGGGAUUCUUGAAUAUUUGGUUGCAAGAGAAGGAAACGCACAAUCUAAACUUCCAAUCAGGCAUGCUGCAAUCUUGGAACAAAUUCUGCUUUCAGGGAGGCUACAUUGAAACUUCGGUGAUUUUGCCGGGUAGUUUCAGUACAGAAGGGUAUUGGCCAGCGAUGUGGAUGCUGGGUAAUUUAGGUAGGGCCGGGUAUGCGGGGACUACGCAAGGUAUGUGGCCUUAUAGUUAUAAUAGUUGUGAUGUUGGGACAUUGGCGAAUCAGACGAAUCAGGAUAAAACGGGGCCAUAUGCUGCAAUAAAUGCGCAUGGGUUGUAUUCUGAUAGUGUACACAACAAGAUAAGUUUUCUGGAGGGGCAAAGAACAUCAGCUUGUACAUGCGAAGGCGAGGACCACCCGGGACCUAAUGUGCGCGUUGGUCGAAGUAGUCCAGAGAUCGAUGUCUUCGAAACGCAGGUAUAUGGUGGUCAUGGUACAGCUUCCCAAUCCUUCCAAAUUGCUCCAUUCGACGCCAACUACACUUGGUCUCAAGCUCCCUCAGUAGCUACGCUUCACGACCCCGGCAUGACCUUCAACGUUUACACGGGCGGGGUGUAUCAAGAAGCAGUAUCAGCUCUAGCCCCCGUUCCCAACUCUGCUUACUCUCUCUCCGGUGCACAACCGGUCACCAUGGGAGUUCACUACACUCCAGAUUGGGACGGAGAUGGUUCUGGAUCGAUAACCUGGUUUAUGAACCGAAAACCAACUUGGACUUUAUCCGGAGCAGCAUUAGGCCCGAAUAAAGCAACAGAGAUCGGUCAGAGAUUGAUACCAACCGAACCGGUUAGUAUCGUCAUCAACCUAGCUCUAUCCGAUGGUUUCCAGAAAGUGAAAUGGUCCGAUUUGGAGUUUCCAGCAAGCAUGAGAAUCGACUACGUUAGGGUUUAUCAGAAAGACGGAGAGAAGGAUAGAAUUAGUUGUGAUCCCGAAGAUCACCCGACAGCGGCGUAUAUAGAGAAGCAUAGAGAUGUGUAUGAGAAUGUCAAUUACACUGUUUUUCCGCAGGACAAGUAUGGGUAUGUAGCCAAGACCUGCUCCCUGCACACCUAUCUGGGAGUGAUAGCUGACAUUUUUCUGUUUACGUUGGUGACAGGUGGCCGAAGAAUCGAUUAA